AUGGCAGGGGUGUGGACGUUCAGGCACGGGGUGGUGAGGAGGAUGGCGUGCCCGUCAAGCAUGGAGGCGGCGACGGACGACGGCAAGGAGGCGAGUUGGUCGAAGAGGCGCGUCCUGGUGCACGUCGCCACCGGCCAGGUGGUGUCGUCCAACGAGCAGCUCGAGCGCUACCUGCUGGGGCUCGGGUGGGAGCGGUACUACCACGGCGGUGCACCGGCAGCCGGACGGCCGGAUCUAAUUCAGUUCCACCGCUCGCCGGAGACCGCGGACCUCAUCUCCGUCCCCUCCGACUUCGCCAGGUUCAAGUCCACCCACAUGUUCGACAUCGUCGUCAAGAACCGCCUCCAUUUCCAGGUUCGCGAGAUCUGA